CCCUGAAUAAACCCCAAACUAGUCCACAUAGUAAACCACGUGCUGAGCAUACACUUCAAUUGAUAAUCAGUAACCGUUGAUUUUUCAUCAGAGAUUCGGUAACAUAUUAUUCUUAUUCCCUGAAUUCGUUUAGAUAUAGUAAUAAGAAACCCUAAUCGAAUAAUCUCACUCCUCAAGGAAAGGAUCAUCGUAAACAAUGGCAGAGCCAGAGACUAUUCUCAACGGUGUUGCUUCAACUGAGACAGAGAAUCAGACGGCGGAGAGUUUCUACGAUCUGGGUCAAGACAACAAAAUAGCUGAACUGACGAGAAAGACGGAAGCGCUGGAGGAAGAGAACCGAGAAAUGAAGGAGAGAAUUAAAAAACUAACUAUUGAAAUUGAAGGAUCUGAAGAGGAUAAAAGAGUUUUCGAAUCAAUUGCUGCUCGAGCGGUUGAAUUGGAAACUGAGGUUUCGAGACUCCAACAUGACCUGAUCACCGCGAUGAGCGAAGGGGAUGAGGCGAGUGCUGAGGUCGCAGAGUUGAAGAGAGUCUGGGAGAGAAGGGAGUGAAAUGGAGGGAUUAGA